UGACAUUUCGUAUUUUUGCUCAUCCGAGGCAUUGCAUUCGUAAACGCUCGGAUAUCUUCGUGGUUCUUCAUAAACUUACUCGGUCCUAACCUCAAAUAGAAAAAGUAAAUAAACACAGCCGGUACAAAAAGCAAUGAAUGAUUGGAAAAAUGCCGGCAAAACCUAUGAAAUCAUUAUCAACGAAAAAAGAUUGCGUUGAAAAGCUGGAGCAGUGUGAUUAUGUUGAGAAAAGCUCGGAGACUGCAGUCAUUUUGAAGAUAUUCGCCCUAAUAACUUGUAUCAAGUGUCUUCUUGUUCCAACGUAUCAUUCCACCGAUUUUGAGGUGCAUCGGAAUUGGCUCGCUAUAACGCACAAUCUAAGUGUCAAAGAAUGGUAUGUCAAUGAAAAAUCACAAUGGACUCUUGAUUACCCUCCGCUAUUCGCCUGGUUUGAAUAUUUCCUGAGCCGAUUUGCCAUAUUUGCUGAUCCUGGUAUGCUGAACAUCGAUAACCUGAAUUAUGCAUCAAAUGAGACAGUUUUAUUUCAACGAGCCACAGUUAUUAUUUCUGAUUUGGUACUGGCAUAUGGCGUCAAAGAAUUAGGCAAAGGACAUUGCAAAUCAAUUGACAGCUUCGUCAUACUCACAUUCCUCACUUUGUGCAACGUGGGAUUGCUAAUUGUCGAUCAUAUCCAUUUUCAGUACAAUGGAUUUUUGCUUGGCUUGCUGUUACUUUCGAUAGCUCGAGUCUCCGAGAAUCCAUCCAGAGGUCGGAUCUUGAUGGGUGCAGUAUUUUUUGCAGUUCUGCUGAAUCUUAAACACAUUUAUUUGUACGUUGUACCAGCCUAUAUCGUCUGGCUGUUGAAAUGGUAUUGCCUAAGGGACAAUAGUUUUUUCAAACGUUUUAUUGCACUUGGAAGCAGCGUCCUAUGCGUCUUAGCCAUCUCAUUUGGGCCAUUUGUCUCACAACUACCUCAGGUAAUCUCGCGGCUCUUCCCCUUCAAAAGAGGUCUCGUUCACGCAUAUUGGGCAGCGAACACAUGGGCAUUGUACAUUGGAGUUGACAAAAUAUCGUCAAUAAUAUGGAAACGGCUUGGGUGGUUGUCGAGUCAUAAAAUAGGGUCGAUGACAGGUGGCCUGGUUCAGGAAGAAUCUUUUGCCAUCUUACCAACACCCACCCCACUAGUCACGUUUUUAUUAACGUUCUUAUCAAUGAUGCCAGCCUUGUGGACUCUGUUCAGGAAGGAUUUUUCCACCCUUAAACCUCGAGACUUCAUUCGAUGCGUUGUUAUCUGUGGCUUAAGUUCUUUCAUGUUUGGCUGGCACGUUCAUGAAAAAGCUAUACUCACAGCCAUCAUCCCAUUAUGUGUUCUUGCGGCUACAGACUCGAACGAUGCGAGGGUUUUCUUAAUAUUGAGCGCAGCAGGUCAAACAGCAUUGUCGCCAUUAUUAUAUCCAAUGAAUUUGACUCCGUUGAAGAUAAUCCUUAACGUAUCGUACAUGUCCACGGCAAGUUUGGCUUUGACCCUCCACUACAAAAAAUCUCUACUUUCGAUUCUUGAAUGGAUCUACGUUGGAAGUUUGCCGUUCGUCACGAUUUACGAAGCAGUGCUGCACAAGUGGUUCUUCGGUGAAAAACUGCCCUUUUUACCAUUGGCAGUUACUUCCAUUUACUGCGCAUUAGGCAUCACUUACUCGUGGCUAAUACACUAUCGUAUGUUUCUCAAUGAGAGCAAUAAUCGACGAACGAGUGAAAUUUACGAGACUGAGUGAUGAAAAUAAUUUAGCAAAUAUGUAAAUAGAUGGUUCUUCAUUCGCGACAUAGCAGAGUAGAACCGUUACGAUUUUUCCGUUAUGUAAACCGUGAUACAUUUUUUUAAGUUUUCAUCGUGUUCCAUGCAUAGCCAUGCAAAGUCAAUUAUUAGAGCUUCGGAACUGAGUGUUUUAAACAAAUUUUAUAACCAAAUUUUGAAUAAUCGAUGAAUUUUGAAUUAAUCGAUAAUUUGUUGAAAGUAAAAAACCUUCGACAAAUAAUUUUCCCAUAUUUGUGAAAUUGUCUUUUGAACACUUGGAAAUAUAUGGAAAUCUGAAUUUUUCAUACGUUUCCCUACGAAUAUCCCCUCGAGUUAUAAUUCUCUGAUGGGCUAAUAUUUUCAGUUGUAUAUCCAAGUCGAACGCACACGUAAACGUGGACGAUUCAUUUUUAUUGAAUUAUACUCGUAGCGACGAUAAUGCACUUAGUAUAUCCGAGGUAUAGCAAUAAUAUUGCAUUGUAAACUGCCAUUUCAUGUCGGUAAUAAUAAAAAUGUUUACCUAAGUUCA